CGUUCAGCUGAGCCCCUCGCUACCCAACCUUCCCGCCACUCCUCACAGAUCAUCAUGGCAUCGUCCUCUUCGUCGGUGGUGCAGUUUGACAAUGUCUUCCACAACCUCGGAACAACGGCUGGCAAGCUCAGGUUCACACAGGGAGGAUUGGGGUGGAAGCCGGCUGGAGAGGGCAGUACACAUACCCUCGUGGCGAGCAGGUUCAAGGCGUUUCAAUGGCUAAAAGUUGCUCGGGGCUAUCAAUUACGCAUCGUCCUCAAUGAAGACGAGGACAAUGAGAAUGAGGAGGAGGACGUGCGAAGGGAUAACUUCGACGGCUUCACAAAAGACGAAUACGACCGUGUAGCAAGCAUGGUACGCGACCUCUACGACUCCUCCCUCGAGAGCGUCGAGGUGUCCACUCGUGGUUGGAAUUGGGGAAAGGCAAAAAUCGAAGAGGCAGAUGUACGAUUCUACGUAAAGGACAAGCUGGCAUUCGAGAUGCCCAUUUCCCACAUCGCCAAUUCCAACAUCGCUGGCAAGACUGAAGUCAGCAUGGAAUUUGCCCAUCCCGAGACCCAGCAGCCUGGCUCAAAUACAGGAGCUACCAAUGGUACCAAGCCGCUCAAGAAGAACAAGGGGGACCAAUUGGUAGAGAUGCGCUUGCACGUGCCUGGUACCGUGGAGAAGACGGGAAGCGGCAGUGAUGCUGAAGACGAUGACGAUGAGGAAGUGACUGCCGCCACUGCCUUCCACGACGCCAUCAAGCGCAAGGCAGACAUCGGACAGCUCGCAGGGGACGGCAUCGUCGUCUUCAAGGACGUCCUCGUACUCACUCCGCGAGGAAGGUACGACGUGGACAUGUUCCCUACCUUCUUGCGACUGCACGGCAAGUCGUACGACUACAAAAUCCUCUACCAGUCCAUCAACCGUCUCUUUCUCCUCCCCAAGCCAGACGAGGUCCAUGUGCAAUUUGUCAUCGGCCUCGACCCGCCUAUUCGCCAAGGUCAAACUCGCUACCCCUUUUUGGUAUUCCAAUUCCCUCGUGAGGAGGAGAUGGACGCUGAGUUGAACCUGGACGAAGAGACAAUCCAGACCAAGUACGAGGGUAAGCUGAAGAAGCGCUACGAGGAGCCUACAUUCCGCAUUGUCACCAACAUCUUCAAGGUCUUGUCAGGGCAGAAGCUGACUGCUCCCGGAUCCUUCACAUCAACGUCGGAUCAGUCGAGUGUCAAGUGUAAUGUCAAGGCUACCGAGGGUCUGCUCUACCCGCUGGACAAGUCCAUCCUAUGGGUGAGCAAGCAGCCCAUCUGGAUCUCGCACACCGACAUCCACCAAGUCAUCUUCUCCCGCGUGGGCUUGGGUGGAGCAACUGCCGGCGUGACCUCCUCAAAGACCUUUGACCUGCGCGUCCUCACUCGCGCCACGGGUCAGGAGCACACAUUUGCCGCCAUACAACGGGAUGAGUACGACAAGCUCAAUGCCCACUUUGCCGACAAGCGACUGCGCAUCAAGAAUGAGAUGAAUGAGGAAGGUGUGUUGGGCACGGCGGCGGCAGUGGCUGCGCUAGAGCAGGACGACUCGGAUGAGGACAUGGACGACGGCAGCGAUGCGGAUGGACGUGAGGGUCAGAGGAAGAGUAAGAAGAAGGCGAGCAAAGCAUCCAAGGCUGCUGCUGCCAUGGCUGAAGAUGAUGAUUCGGACGAGGACGACGAGGACUUUGAAGCCCCUUCGGAGGAUGAUGGAGGUUCGCCCUCUGAGGCUUCUUCGGAUGAGGGAGCGGGAAGUGAUGAUGGAAAUUUUUCGGAUGCCAGUGAGGACUCGGAUGCUCCGAAGAAGAAGAAGGCAAAGAAGUGAGCGGCGUCGUGAGGGAAGAGAGGCAAAACGAAUCAACGCCGCCGAGGAGGGGAGGAAAUCUCCCCUUGUGUCGUUCCUUUGCUUGCGUAUUGUACGAAUCCUUGUACGACUUGAUCAGCAAGAUCUUACUACCAGCCACCAGCCUUGAGUGCUCGCAUCUACCCCAUGCAUUUUUAGCAAGGACGAC